ACAUCGCCGCUGCUGCACAUGCGCUCUCGGAGAGCCCGCUGGGACAGCGGCCCGGAGGGGACGCCUUUCGAGAGCGGACCUUCCGGCGCGCAGCCAGGAUGGCGGCGGAGGGCUCCUGCGAGCUGCCGGUGGUGCCGGCGGCAGGGCUUGGCCUGUCCGGGGCUCCCUCCGCUUCCUGCCGGCGCUGCAGCAGCAGCUCCAGCUCGUCAUCGUCGUCCUUCUCCUCGCCUUCGUCGUCGUCCUCGUCGUCGUCGUGCGGGGGCUGCCUCGCUCCCCCGGCCCCUCCCGCCGCGGGCGGCGUGCCCGGGAAAUGGGUCCGGCUGAACGUGGGCGGCACCUGCUUCCUCACCACCCGGCAGACGCUCUGCAGGGACCCCAAAAGCUUCCUUUUCCGCCUCUGCCAGGCCGACCCGGACCUCGACUCCGACAAGGAUGAAACAGGUGCCUACUUAAUAGACAGAGAUCCAACCUACUUUGGACCGGUGUUGAAUUAUCUCCGACACGGGAAACUGGUUAUCAAUAAAGACCUCGCAGAGGAAGGUGUGCUUGAAGAAGCUGAAUUCUACAACAUCACAUCCUUAAUCAAACUUGUAAAGGACAAAAUAAGGGAACGAGACAGCAAAAUCUCACAGGUGCCAGUCAAGCACGUUUACAGGGUGCUGCAGUGCCAGGAAGAGGAGUUGACUCAGAUGGUCUCCACCAUGUCUGAUGGCUGGAAAUUUGAACAGCUAGUCAGCAUUGGAUCUUCCUAUAACUAUGGGAAUGAAGACCAGGCCGAAUUCCUUUGUGUUGUUUCCAAGGAGCUGCACAACACCCCUUAUGGCACAGCCAGUGAGCCCAGCGAAAAGGCAAAGAUCUUGCAGGAGCGAGGUUCAAGGAUGUAACUGUGCCCCAGUAUUGAAUGCUGACAAGUUUUCCUUUACAUUGCCACAUGAAGAGGCUUGGCACCAAGAGGAUUUCGCUUGUUCAGACCAUUUCUGUAGUUCUGGAUUUUGAACCCUGAAGGUGGUGCUGCAGCUGGAGCCGGCUGCUUGCAGAUGCCUGCCUUCGGCAGCAAGAGGGGUUGUGUUGGCUCUGGUGCCCGGUUGUGCUGAUCUUAAUCCCAUGGAAAGAAGAUUUGACUUCACUCUCUGCUUUCCUUCCGAAGAGAUAUAGUGAUGCUUUGCUGACUGUAGGGAAAUGAUUUGGGUUUUAAUCAUUGUAGGCAGUUCAAGGUCAACAUACUUGGUGCUAUGAAUAAAUUACAGCCCACAUGUGGGCAGACAUCCUUAAGCAGCUCCAGUUGACUGUGGCAGUUGCUGUACAUUCCUUGGGGAUCUAUUGUAAGAAUACACUAGCCCAGACUAAGGGAGGGGUGCAUCUUCUUCCCCCUCCCGACCCUGCUUGCUUCAGUACCCAGACGGUAUUCUCUUCUUGGGAAGAAGGUCUUAUUUUGUCCACAUCUCUAGGGACAGCCUUCCUCUCCAGGUAACUUGCUCCUGCAAAGGUUAGCCUCCAAUUUUAGCUACACUUUAGGAUUGAAACCGCAAUUAAACAAAAAUAAUAUGGCAAAUACCUUGCCUUGCACACAUGUGUGCACACAAGAAAGAAAACACACACACCAAAGUUGUGUUCUUUGUUUUUAGAAAUGCCUGCAAGUAUUGCUACCCCUGUGGACUCACAGCACUGAAGGUAGGCAUGGGGGUUGAGUCUUCAUGGGUGCUCCAUCAUGAAGGCUGGGAAUGAGAAUCUCUGUGCUCAAAAGCAUCAGAGCUUGUGCAGCUGAAGGCAGGAAUUGUGAUUCUUUAACAGAUGUUUACAGUCAUUUCUACAUUCUCUUAUCUAUGCAGUUCCUUCUGAUGUUUGGCAAGUACUGUCAAUAACACUUGUGGUUUCAUUGAGAGAGGCUUGUGGUAAAUGUGAAGAAACACAACUGGAGCUUUUUAGUGUACUGUGUUUAAAUGAAACCGUUAGCAUGUCUUUUGAAAAUAGGUUUAAAGGAGUAUAUACAGAUCUCUCUGCUUCAUAGAGCACAGAGAGGAGCCCUUGCUUGUCUGAGGCUCUCGUAACAUGCUACCUAUAUUUUAACUUUCAUUAAGCAACUCACAGAAGCUGCGUGUAUACACACCCCUUCCUUUUCCAUUCAGAUGUGUGGAGUCCUCACAAUCUUGAGCAUCCCUUGUCUACCUGCAUUUUUGAUCUGGUUUUUGGCAAACCUUUUCUGCCCAGUAGAUCAGCAAGUGGGCCAUUUGUCUUUUGCCAUGGAGACUGGCCUGCACAGAAAGUUGCAAGGCCCUCCUCAACAUUGAAUAAUCUGUUUGUCUUUUUUAAGAUGUUAGCAUUGAAAUGAAUUUACUAAAAUGUAAUUCUUCUGAAGGGUGAAAUGUUUCUACUUUUAUACUU